AGGUACUCUUACUAUUUUUUAUUUUUUAAAGGAGUUAUCCUGUGCUUACCAAUACGUAUAACCAUGAUGGAGGGUGAUGAAGGAGACGCUAGUUUAGUUUUUGAGGCUUCCCGUCGCCUGGAUAACGAUGACCUUACUCAUCACAUGGAUGUUGAACCUUCUCCUUGUACAACGUCGUUAAAGGCUGAUAGUGAUACUCUUGAGGACUUGUUAAGCUGUAUAGAGAAGUGGCAGAACACCCCUGUCGGCAGUCCUUUGAAUAAACAGGUUCCCAUGGUCAAUGUUGAUGAACCCUUGGUUGACAUUGAUGUCAUCCAGGACAAUGGAAGCGACGUAUCAUUCAAUGGCAUGUCUAAUCAAUGUCAUGAACAUUUACAUGGGAUUCCAGUGUCUAGUUCUGGAUCAGUACAAGGUGUUAAUCAACAUGGCCUUCUUCGUAAUCACCUCCUUUCAUUUCUUGAUGUUCCAAUUCAAUAUCCCUUAUCCUCUGACCCCCAAAUGGGCGUCAUGGAUUCAACGAAGUCUAGAAAUAUUGAACCCUUAAAAUCUGUGUUCGAGUUACCUUCUGAUAAAAAUUCGGAGGAUCACAAAUGUAGUCGUGAGGAAUUUAAUUCAAUGAAGCAUUCUGAAGUUAGGCCUGCGUUACAUGGGCCAUUGAAAGUUGAAAAUGAAGUUAUAUUUGAUGAAGAGGAUCGAAUGAAGUUAUCCGUACCGCUUCCGCAAACCACUUUAAGCGAAAGUGCUCGUUUCGGUACCCCUAUAGAACCCCGUAUAAAACGCAGUUUACAUGAAUCUCUAGGCACAUGUACAAUUCCUUUGCAGAACCUAAAGCUCCAAUUCCAGCUACGUGGCUCCGAACCUCAUGAUCUUUCCAAGGAAUGUGAUAUCAUGGGUUCAAUCACACCACGCAAUGCUCGUAAGCGAUUGGAGUAUUUUCCCGUUCAGGCCCCUAAGCGAAUGGUCCACCGUAGGAUCUCUAAUCCAGGCUCCCGUGUUCAUGUAGUUCCCGCACCUUGUGAAGGCGCAUCUCACAUGAAAUCAGGCUCCCAGGGACCUCUGUAUGAAGUACAUAACGACAGGGAGUCAUCACUGAACAAAACUACGCUCUCACAUGAUGGAUUAUUAGUACCCCCUCGUACCUUUAGCAAUGGCGGCUCUUUAUCAUGGACCUAUCCUGAAGACGACCCCUUUGACGGUGAGUGCAACUUGGUAUAUUUGGGUAGUUGUGAAAACUCCACCGAGGAGCGUUUAAGUGACAGUGAGGAGAACCCUCUUUUACAUCAGGGUACUCCUGAUCCCAACCCCCUUAUAACGGCGAAUGACAUUGCUAAUUACGGUCGUGGCAAUUCAAUUCAGGGUUGCCAAAUACCGGUAUCAACCCAGGAUCCUCAGGCUUCUCGUUUUUUAAAGGAUGUAUCUAUAAACUGCCAGAUAGACCAAAUUCGUGCUCUUGGUUCUCGUGUAAAGCGAGUUCCUAAGGAACGCGUCCCACAGACUCAUAGUGUGGAGGUAUACGCUCAGAUGGCUGCUGAGUUUGAGAAGAUCCGUGGUGUAUGUUACUGCCGUAGUGACAAUUCGUGGACUGCUUGGUGGACUGACCGUGGUCGUAACCGCAAGAAGGCCUUUAAGGUAUCGCGUUUCGGGUUUCACGAGGCUCGUAAGAUGGCCAUUGAGCAUCGUGAGGCAAUUCAUCAGAAAUCCCUGCUACCUAUAGAGAAACGCUUAACCAAGGAGCAUGCCGUUGAGGAGCCACUGGUUUCUGACGUUGACGUCACUCCUCGUCCUGCUCUUUCGGAAUACUCCAAUAGUAUCACCAGCUCGCCCAUAUCAUCACCUGUUAAAGGCGUUGGUUUCAGCCGUAUGCAAACUCGUGGAGCUCGUGGUCGUCCCUAUGUUCCAGGUUCUCAGCGCAUGAUGUCUACGACACAUGAUGCUGGCGCAGUGGUGGCUACUGACGAAUUCGAUUUGAAUUCAAUGGUAACGCCUCGUAUUGACAGUGACCACAAUGUGAAUGAUACCUGUGACAUGUCACAACCCAAGGUCCAUGGUGACCUAGAUAUCAAUAAAGUACAUCCCGAGAAGCGGUUAGUAUCUUCUAUUGAUGAUGCAAUUGCCUCUAGUAGCACUACGGCCAACAGUCCUGAUUUCGGAUCAUCUGGUAUGUCGAUAACUCCCAAGGGCCACUUUACUUUAAAUUCUGAUGUCUUGGACAUGAUGAAGUUGGAUUCUCGUUCUAGGAGUACUUUGGAGGCUGCUAUAUCUAAUCUUGUUUGUGGUGUUGACACUACUCAUCUACCUACUGGCGUUUCGGUUCAGGUUUUACCUCAGUUAGCUCUAGCUUCUGAGGGUCAGAAUGUAAGUGUCAUUCUGGUGAUGCACCCUGAACAUCAAGGAUGUCGGUAGUGGCCAUAUUUUUGCGGGGAUUCUCAUGUUGAAUGCAGUAGGGGUAUAUAUUUCCAUAGUUGUGACUACGGAUAGUGUCGC